GGUACGAGUAUAUAUCGAAGAGCAUGGGAACAGCUUGUUUUCAGUUUUCGUUUGAUUUUUGGUUGAUUCGAUCGUGAUCGUGAACGAUCGGUAAUUCUGUAAUUGAUUUUGUGCGAGUGACAUAUUUUUAUUUUUGUGCUUUAUUGUGCGAAAAGUUAAUUGAGAUUGAAGAAAAACCAUUAAGCUGGCUGAAAAAGAAUUUUAUUGUUUAAAAAACACCUGUGAUUGCAACCGAAAGAAUUUGGUCCUUCACUUGAAUGGAGGUAGAUGCCGAUCUUGUCGAUUAUUGCAUGGAAUGAGGAAAGAUCUACAAACUUCAAUACGUCACACUAGUUCCGAUCAUUUUUCUGAACAGAUUUGUGCUAAAUUUAUUUUCAAUAAAGUGAUUAUUUGAUUUAAUAUUUUGUGUGUGAUUCUUCUUUUUUUUAUUUUGUUGUUUUGUAUCUUCUUUUUAUACCUACAAAUACGUAUACGUUAUCUGUUUAUCUCAAAAAUAAAAAAAGCUGUAUAAUAUUAUUAACCGCAUUGUAAACAAAUUGUGUAGGUACCUCUGUACUUAUUUUAUUCAUACAAAAACGUGUCAAUCUGUAUUGUUUCAUUCGCGUUGAAGUGCGGUCAAAAACAAAUAUUCUGUGAUUUCCUUACACAAGUUUUCUUGCCUUCGCGAAAAAUAAAAAUACAAAUUCAAACCCAAGUGCAUAAGAGUACCAUCGUUUUGUUGGCAUAAAAUCUAAAUAUACAAAAAGAGCUAAAAAUAAACAAAGGCGGAUUUCGUGUUGAAGUUACGAGUAGUGCAAUUUUGAAGGAUUUUAAUAUCUUCACAUUGUGAAUAACCCUUUAUUUUGAAAUGGCUCCAAUCGCUGUUUACGGUAAGGUCAACAACAUGGCUGAGAACAGUGAUGAUAAUAAGAAGAACGAAAUGGAGGAAGUGGAUGUUGGAAAUAUUAACGGUCAAAAUGGCUUUAAAUCCGACCUUGGAGUCGGUAACUUUGUUAAAACCGUGACACCAUGUCCAUUACGAGCACCUCUCGUCGUUACAAUCGUUGGACUACCAUGUCGCGGCAAAUCAUUUGCUGCCCACAAAAUUGCUCGCCAUCUUAGCUGGAAAGGUGAAAUGGCUAAAGUUUUUCCAGUCGAACAAAAUGCUACCUCAGAAACCUUAAGCGAUAUCUCAGAUUGGUUCCUCGAUGGCAAUAAUGUUGCUAUUAUCGAUGGCAUGCAUUUGAGUCGCCAAUCACGUCAAAUGGUUUCAAACUUUUGCAAUGAACGUAUCUAUCAUCAUUUAAUUGUUGAAAUCGAUUGUGACGAAAAGAGUCUCGAAUCGAAUAUUAAAGAAAUGGUUCGUUAUUUUGAAAGAACUAACAGUCGUAGCACGGAUUGGAAGAAAAUAUUUAUUGAAAAGGUUAGUGAAUGUUUGCCCAUGUUUGAAAAAUGCCUUCCACUCGAAAGCCCUUUAAUCACUGUAAAUAAUUCGGAGAAUCCUUACUUGCAUUCGGUGAUGUCCCGAGGAGUGCAAGGAGCCUUACAAACUUCAAUUUUGGGUGUUCUCUCGCAUCCUGUGAUAAGAGAACAACUUUUCUACUUUAGUCGGCACGGCGAAUCUGAUUACAAUGUGGUUGGAAGGAUUGGUGGCAAUGCGGAUUUGUCACCACGUGGAUGGAAGUACGCAGAGCGCUUGACACGUUUGUUUAAGGAGAAUCAAUUAACCCUUCCCGGUCCACAAUUGAUUUGGACUUCAGAGUUUAUUCGAACUAUCCAUACUGUUCGGGAUAUACCCGGACCUAGAGCCGCUGUUAACGAUUUGAAUGAAAUUAAUGCUGGUAUUUGCGAAGGACUGACUUAUGAAGAAAUUCAAGAAAAAUUCCCACAGGAAUUCGCUUGGCGUGAUCAAGACAAAUUCAAAUAUCGCUAUCCUCACGGGGAGUCUUACUUGGAUUUAUUGCAGCGUGUCGAUAGUGUCAUUCAGGGAUUGCUUACGAAAACACAAGUUCUGGUUGUCUCCCAUCAGGCUGUCUUGAGGUGUGUGAUGGCGUACUUCAAUGGCACCAAGCCAGAUCAAGUUCCCUACAUCAAUCUUCCGUUACAUACACUGCUUGUCGUGCGCACAAACGGUUUUAACUUUGAAGUCGAGGAAAUUCCUCUACAUGUCGAAUGUGUUGACACAUAUCGUGUCAAACCCAAGAACUGCAAUAUAGAGCGUACAAGUUCAGAUGCCCUUGGUACAGUGCCCGCUCACUUUGAUGCACCUCUGCCAAAAGUAACUCAAGGCCUUACAAGCCGUUAAAAGCUAAAGCAUAUUUAAACUAAAACAAACAUCAUAUACAACAGCACAACAAUCAUUCACCAUCAUUCAACAAAUAAUAUACAAAAAUAAUAAAACAAAAAAAAAUCACAACAAUAUUAAAAAGAAUUAUUAUUGGUCUCAAAAGAAAAUCGUUUAUAAGAUUUAUUGUAUGUUUCCUUUAUUAACAUUCAUCCCUCCUUUUCCACGUCUUAAUUUUUAAUUUAUUCAGAAAAAAAUUUAAGUAAAUUUUUAGAGCACUUUAUUUUAUAAGUUUUAAACCUAAAGAAAACAGUAGACGUCUUAAAUUUAUGAACAUUUACACUUAUGAAGUGCACAAAAAACUCUUAAAACUUCCUUACCCUAAUCCUAAAAAUAUAGUUAUAUCCCAUUUUUUUAAAAAACAAAAUGUAUAAAUUUAAGAUAUUUUCAAUUUCUCGAAAUUCACCUGAAACGGUACGAAACAAAUAAUACAUAUACAUUAUGUAUGUGUAUCAUGACAAAUAAUAUUGUUUGAAUGUUCAUUUAUUUAAAGAGUCUACUGUCUUAUAGCAAUGUGAAUAAUUUUCAAAAAAAAAUAAAAUUAUUUUCAAAAAUAAAAUCUUAAUCUAAAAUGUCAAUUUUGUACACAAAGCAAAACAAAACAAAAAUGUUGAAAAAAAAAGAAAGAACCCAAAACUCAAGACAACAUAAUGCAUUUUUAUUAUUUAGAGUAAAUAUUAAUAUUUAGCUUAAAUGGAUUUGAUUGAUGGUUAUUUUGGAAAAAUUCAAUUAAAUUAAAUAAAUUUUAAAAAAUAUACAUAAAUAAAUAGUUAAGUUGUUACAAGAAAAAAUAUUUAGUAUUGUGUUUCUCGAGCAUUAAACGAAAACAAAAUAAAAUUAAACAAAAGAGAAGCGAAAGAAAUAUAAUUAUAUACCUACUAUAUUUAAUGUAGUUAAGUUUUUAGAAAAUUUUACACAAAACAAAAUGUUUUCUACAUCGGAAUACAAACAAAAUAUUAAAAUAAAUUGUGACUUAGAAUGGCAAUUAUUUGAAAUUAAUGAAAUCAAUAUUAAAAUUAUAUAAAAAGUAAGAAGAUUUCUAACAAAAUUGUAUUUGUCUUAAGAAAAAUAAAAA